GGGAAUAACAGUGGCUGUGAAGAUUUAAUGGGAAAGCACCAUGCCUGCCGAAAGCAAGGGGGUAAUCGGAGCACCCCAACCCAGCAGGUGGGGCCACUUUGGCAGGUGGGUUUCUCCUUCUUUGUCGGGGGCCUGAGUCAACAUGGAGGCCCUAGAGCCCUGGAAGGGACGGUAUUCUGCCUCACACCCCAUCGCACCAUUCGCUGCUGAGCCCUGAUGGACGGCCCACCGCUAAGGCUCUCAGUGGGUUAUCCCCGUUGAGGGGCUGGUACCCAAGCAAUGGGUACCCUUAUGCCCAUUUCAUAGCUGGUAAGGAGGUGACUGAGACCCAAACCCUGAGUGCUCUGUAGUCAUUUCGGUUCUUGUCAUCCGCCUAUUCUCCUUUAAGUCUCUUGUGGGUCUUCAUGACAGUCUGGAAAGGUAGUGAGUUCCCUGUCCUUGGAGAUGUGUAAGUACAGACUUGGUCAUCACUUAGUAGGAAAUAACAGCAAGAAUUUAGAAACAGGUUGAGUAAUUGACCUAAAUAACGUUUAAUAUAGUUUUGAACGUGAACUUCCUGUAAUUUUAGAAGAAGGACCUUAUCUUAUUGGCCUUGGUUUUAUGUGCUCCCUUGAUGCCUAGAACAGAGCGCUGUACACUGUGGGCCCUCAAUAGCUGUUGAAUGAAUAACGAACGGAGGAGCGACACCCGUGUCUGGUCGGUUCAGUAAUGAGGGAAGCGAGGUCCAGAGUAGGAAAGGGGUUUGUGGCCCCGGUGCCAGGAUGGGAAGGCACCCUCUGCGUCCCCAUCUGAAUGCAGGUUCCAGGGCUGCCUGAAGAUUGGCAACAAGGCACGGAGGACACCUGGCCCUGUGCCCGGCGUAGCAGGCGCUUCCUAAUUGGCAGCUUUUUGUUUUAAAGCUGGAUGAGUGCCUGCCGUCUGCUCCUCUUUGAGUGUCGGGGUGAAGGAUGCAGGCUCUAAAUGAGACGGAGCUGAGGUGAAGCUCUGGCUGUGUGAGCCUCAGCUUCCGCAUCUGUACAAUGGGAGGCAUAAGAGUCGCUGCCUCCUGGGCCCCUGGGAGAUCUGAAGAGCGCCUGUGGGAGUUUCUCUGUGACCAGAAGUACAGUGAUGAAGAGAACCUGCCGGAGAAGCUGGCAGCCUUCAAAGAGAAGUACAUGGAGUUUGACCUGAACAAUGAGGGCGAGAUUGACCUGAUGUCUUUAAAAAGGAUGAUGGAGAAGCUUGGGGUCCCCAAGACCCACCUGGAGAUGAAGAAGAUGAUCUCAGAGGUGACAGGCGGGGUCAGCGACACCAUCUCCUACCGAGACUUUGUGAACAUGAUGCUGGGGAAGCGGUCAGCUGUCCUCAAGCUAGUCAUGAUGUUUGAAGGAAAAGCCAAUGAGAGCAGUCCCAAGCCAGUCGGCCCCCCUCCAGAGAGAGACAUUGCCAGCCUGCCCUGAGGAUCCCUGUCUGGACCUGCCCCACCCUUCCCAUCCCUGUUCCUCCUCCUGACCUCGCUGCCCUCCCGACUCAUUGUGAUUUGUCUUAUUUGUUUGGUCCUUGUGCUCCCCCCCCCCCCCCCCCCCGCCGGCCAUUGGCAGAAUCAGUGAUCUCUUUGUAAAGCACAAAUUAUCUGCCUUAAGGAGCUCUGGGUUGGGGAAUCCUGAGCCUUGGGUCCCCUCCCUCUCUUCUCUCCUCCUUCCCCUCUCCCUGUGCAGAGGGGCUGAUAUCAAACCAAAAACCAGAGGGGCAGGGCCGGGACAGGGAGACUGGAAGCCUGUGAUCCCCACGCUGCAAGCCGGCACUGUCCAUCCUUCCAGGAGGUCUCUGAGCCAAGUCCAGGCUUGCUGGCCUGGCCCUGGUGAGGACCUCAGCCCACUUUGAGGAGACCCUGGAGUAGGGACAAGGCUGCAGGGCCCCGUUAGGCUUUCCUUGGACAGCUCUGUGGUUCCAGCCCUCUUGGGUUGUCCAGAACGUGGCCACUCGGUGGCCCCCUCCCCAGCCGAUUCCCCCUCAGUCCACGCUUUUUCUCGUCCUCAAUGAGGUGAGAGGAGAGAAGGAGAGGGGCUUGGCAACUUGAGCCCUUCAAGAAGGUUCAGGAAGGAAUCCUCUGGCUUGCCCCCUGGCCACACCUUUACAGGCAACUCAGAGGGAGGGGCAGCCUGCCAGCCCUUGCUGGGGCAGCAAAGGGCUUCGGAGGUAGAGGGGAGGUCAGGGGCCUUGAGGGCGUCAGCUCAGUCUAGUCCCACAUUUUAGGAAGGAUGCUGGGGGCAACAGGAUAGGAGAAUGGGGAUUAAAAUGCUCAUGGCAAAAAGAGUUAGCACCACUGUUAAGCCAAGAGCUCAGAAAUAGGAGGUUGCCUUUCUGAUCCCAAUCUGCUUGAAACCUGACUGCACUUCCCUCAUUUGCCUUCCCAUCGUACUCACACCCUUCAUUCAUUCCUUCAUUCACUCAGUCAUUCAACAGAUAUUUAUUGACCAUCUAUUAUAAGCUUUAAGUCCCCCCACUUUGUCCUGACAUGUGCUGUGUCCACUGUCUCUUACUCAUCUCUCUGUUUCCAAAUUGCCUAAAACCUUGAUCUUGAGGAUUGGAUUGGGGUCACUGUGUCCUUUAUUAUAGACUCACAGGGUUUUAGAGCCCAGAUCCACCCUGUACGUUAUCUGAGCCAGUCCUCUCAUUUCACAGCUGAGAAAACUGGUGGUCCACAGGGAUUAAGUGCCUUGCCCAAGCUCAGGGGUCAAUCUGGCAUGGAAGAUGCCCUGCCCAUGCUUCAUCUCUGCUCUCGGCUGCCUCAGUCAGGGAGGAAAACAAGGGAAGGGGCAGGGAGGGGCACACUCCCAGGUCAAUACCUGGGGAAGGCCCAGGCCAGGACUCACCCUUCCCAGUGCCUCUGAGUCAGCAUCAGGGUUUGGGAAAGGGCCAGGCCUGCCUUUGCAAUUUUGCCUUCCCUAGAGCUUCUCGGCCAAGCUACGUCUCAGAACUCACACAGGAAGGUGUCACACUCAGCCCCAUCUUGGCUGAGCAGAGACCCCAGCCUUGACCCCACCUGUGUUUUGGAGUCCCUUAUCCUGCCCGCUCAGGACAUAGAUGCACUCAUCCAUUGACCAUAUUUAUUAAGUGCCUGCUAUGGGCCAAGAGCUAAGAACCCAGUAAUGAAAUGGACAGACUCAUGGAAUUUAGCGUCCCGUGGCGAAGUCAGACCUAGACGAUGAUGAGUGAGAUGAACGUUAGGAAAGAGGGGGAUAUGGGCUGACUGCACUGCAAUUCUAGGGGGCCCAGCUGGGCCCUGCACUGGGCUAGAGUCUUGGGAAAGCCUUCGCAAAACCUUAAGUGCAAAGGGCUGUUGGAACCAGUGUGGGUUCCCUGAAGCUCCUUAGUGACCCAUAAUCAAGAGCCCAGCUUGAAGGUGUGGAGCCGGUAGGGGAUGGAGAAAUGGCCAGGUUGGGUUAAUCUGCUGGUCUCAACCAGUUCAGGAGCAAGAUUAUUUGGCUAUGACUGGCUGAUCUUCAGCCUAAGGAGCUGCUUCCAUUGAAGUUUAAACCCCAGCAAAACAUUCCUUCCUCUAAAUGUAAAAUUGCACCCCACCCCGUCCCCUGCCUUGGUUGUUUUUUUCUCCUGAGAUCCUUACAUGAGCAACUGCCUGUCCCCGCCCCUUCCCACCACCUCACCUCUCUGAGACCUUUAAGCAAGGUAAAGCCUUCCUUGACUACCCAUUCUAGUCUGUACCUGUCCACCGCUCAGAAAGGAGGGCUUAUUUCAGUGGGUUCCACAGUUGACAAGACUGCAGGAAGACUCCUUAAGGGAGGAGAGCAAGUGAGUGUGUCUCCAGCUUCUGGAAACAGCAGGAAAGAGAGUUCUCUCAUUGGACAGGGGUGUCCUGGGAACCCUUACCAUUUCCUUCACCAUUUCUUAGAACUCAGCCCCUGGAGGGAGAGGAUCUCAAGAGUGGUCCCUGGAAAGGGGGGUCUGCGUGUAUUUCAGGUUGUGGCUAUUGGCUCUAGGACUCUUACUUCUCUGGCUAAGGGCUCAGCUUUUUAGAACUUCAGCUGUCUUCCUUCUGAAACACCAAAUCUAACUGAUGUAACCAGCAACUUGGGGACUGCCAGGUAUGGCUUUGUCCCUGCAACUCAAAAGGAAGUGUGUUGGGCAAGUUGAGGUGGAUGCAGUAUGCGUGUGUGUGUGUGUGUGUGUGUGGUGCUGGAUAUCAUCUCUACAGACUGGAAAUAAAACAGACAAACUUA